AUGAAGAGGCACCUGUCGGCUCUGGAGAUCCUCCUCAUUGUUGCUUCUUCGCUUCUCCUCAUCUGUUGCAUUGGCCUGAUUGUACUUACAUGGCUCAGCCUGAAGCCUGAAGGCACCGCUGAGCCCGUGCGGCUGACAGGUCGGAUGGUAAUCACUGAGGGAGCCGUGUUCUCCGAAGAGCUGAAGAACUCCAGCACCCCGCAGUUCAAAUCUCUGGCCUUCGAUGUGCAGCAUCUGGUGUCGGAGGCAUUCAGUGCCGGUGAGUUCCGGCUGCUCUACAAGUCGUGUCAGGUUGAGUCCUUCAGUCAGGGCAGCGUGGCCCUGACCUUCUCUCUCUGGUUCAAUGAGCUGAUUGAUGAGAAGGAGGCAGAGCACCAACUGGGGGCGGGGCUUCAGGACAUCAAGGGUGGAACUUUGGUGAUCGACACAAACAGCAUCAGUAUCACAGAGUACACGAAUCCUGAGACAGCAACAUCUGCACCUGCAACAGCAUCUGCACCUGCAACAACUGCAGCAACAUCUGGAACAACAGCCUCUGCAGGGACUAGCAUCACCCCUACAAGAGCCGUGUGUCCUCCUUAUCAAACUUCCUGUGCUGAUCAUAUGACAUGUAUCCUGGUCAGUCAGCUGUGCGAUGGACUGGACGACUGUCCUGACGCCUCGGAUGAAGCUGCCGCUCGCUGUGCAACAGCAUGUGAUGGACAGUUUGUGCUGAGAGGCCUGAAAGGUUCAUUCAGUUCAUCGAAGUCAGACAAGUACAACAGCAGCUUCUGUCGCUGGAUCAUCAGGGUCGAUGAUGGCCUUUCGGUUCAGGUCACCUUCCCUCAGUUUGAAACUGAAGAAAACACAGACACUCUGAGGCUUUAUGAAGGAGUGGGACCAAACAAAGUGCUCACAGCUCAGUUCUCAGGCUCCACCCCUCCUGGAAUUGUCUGGCUGCUGACCGACCAAUCGACUGUGGAGUUCACCUCUGAUGAUUUCAACAGUCUGUCAGGGUUCACAGCCAUAUACAGCACUGCCGACAUCUCCACACUGUCCAAUGAGGAGAAGCUCACCUGCAACUUCGAGCAAGGCAUGUGUUUCUGGAGGCAGCAGCGGGACGAUGAUGGUGACUGGUUUAGAAUCAGAGGCCCCUCUUUUCCUUCUUUAACCGGCCCCAGUGUCGACCACACAUUGGGUAACAGCUCAGGGUUCUACAUUGUCACUUCUAUGAGUCCUGGCCAAUGGGAGAAGAGCUUCAGGAUCUACAGCCUCCCUCUGACUCCAUCCACACAGUCCAUGUGUCUGAGUUUCUGGUACCACAUGUUUGGACUGGAUGUCCACCAGCUCAGAGUCCUGCUCCUGACGGGUCCUGAUGACGUUACCGUGGUGUUCCAGAAAGAUGGUAACUAUGGCGACACCUGGAACUACGGCCAGGUGACCCUUAAUCUGACAUUAGAGGCUACGGUAGUGUUUGAAGCUCUGAAGAAAGCAGGAAUGUUGAAUGACAUUGCACUAGAUGACAUCACACUGACCUCUGAUGCCUGUGGACCCACCGCCCCUGAACCCACCAAUGUACCACCUCCAACGACCACACCCCCUAUACCAGCUGACUGCGGAGGGCCCUUUGACCUCUGGGAGCCAAACUCCACAUUCAGCUCACCAAAUUAUCCACAGUCCUAUGGGAAUAAUGCAGAAUGUCUGUGGACUCUGCAUGCUGUAGAAGGUCACAAUAUUCAGCUCCACUUCCUGGACUUUGACACUGAAGCAGCCAGUGACAUGGUGGAGGUGCGGGAUGGGGCAGGGCCUAACUCCACCUUACUGGCGGUCCUCACAGGAAAUGGCCCCACCCAUGACUUGUUCUCAACAGCCAAUCAGAUGACAGUGUGGUUCUAUACAGACAGUUCAGUUUAUGGGCGAGGAUUCAGAGCCAACUUCACCUCUGGGGUCAACCUUGGAUCACCAGCUCCGUGUGCUGAAGGUCAGUUCCAGUGUCAGAUAGGAAGUUGUAUCCAUGGUAACAGUCAAUGUGACGGUGUGGUCGACUGUCCCGACGGCUCUGAUGAAGCCAAAUGUGUUGUGUGGAAGGGAAAUGGUUCCAGUCAGCUCCAGGUUCAGAUCGUCUCCUCUCUAUUCACUGUGUGCGGUGACACCUCGAACCUGUCUCACCUGUCUAACUUCAUCUGUCAGUAUCUCGGAUACAGGUCUGGGGAGGCCUCAGUGCUGCCGGCUCGGCCACAAGACUCACCAUUUGCACUUAUCACAGUCACCAGUGAUGGGACAUUGGAAACCAAAAUCAGUGAAACCUGCCGCAGUGAAGAAGUGAUGUCACUGACAUGUGAUAACCAGCCGUGUGGAGUCCGUCAGGUCACAAAUGUCUCGAGGGAGGUGAACCAAUCAGAAGACAGGACACCUGGAGAUGAAGGCGCUGUCUACGUGGUGGGCGGGGUUAAUGCAAUGGAGGGGGCAUGGCCAUGGAUCGUGUCACUUCAUUGGAGGGGGCGUCAUGUCUGCGGAGCUUCAGUGAUUGGCAGGGAUUGGCUGCUGACUGCUGCUCACUGCGUCUACGGGAAGAACGUCCACCUGGAGUCGUGGUCAGUGCUUCUCGGUCUUCAUGCUCAGAGCGACCAAAAUUCAGAGGGUGUUCAAACCCGACGAGUCGAUCACGUUGUCUUCAACAAACAGUACAACAGACAGACCAAACAGGCUGACAUCGCCAUGAUGCAUCUUCAGCAGCCAAUCAACUUCACCCAGUGGGUUCAGCCAGUGUGUUUACCACCUGAAGGUCAGAGUUUCACAGCAGGAAGAAAAUGUUUCAUUGCUGGCUGGGGACGAGACACUGAAGGUUAUCUCCCAAAUGUUCUGCAGGAGGCUGAGAUUCCUCUGGUGGAUCAGGAUCUGUGUCAGCAUCAGUUACCUGAGUACACCAUUACCUCCAGCAUGCUGUGCGCUGGGUACCCUGAGGGAGGGGUUGACUCCUGUCAGGGUGAUUCCGGCGGCCCUCUGAUGUGUCUGGAUGAUGGGAGCUGGACGCUGAUUGGCGUGACCUCGUUUGGGGUGGGCUGUGGACUUCCUCAGAAACCCGGCGUCUAUGUUCGAGUCUCAGCCUUCGACUCCUGGAUCGCUCAGACCCGGCGCUCCUCCUCUUCAGACUUCAAAGAGCCACUGUGA